CAUGCCGUGAGGUCACGCAGGUUGCCACGCUGGUGUAAACAAGAUUGGUGUGGUGCUGCGAACCGGCGCACUUCCUCCUGCCCGCAGUGCUGCGCCGGCUGGGUCGCCGUCUGACAAGGAAUGACCCGCACUCCCCUUCCUGUGCCAAAUGUUCCCAGCAGCCCCAUCAUGAUGCACAGCAACUGGACCUGCUCUGAUCCCAACAUAACAUACAAAUCCACGCUGUAUGCAGCCACCUACACCAUCAUCUUCAUCCCCGGCUUGCUGGCCAACAGUGCUGCCCUCUGGGUGCUGUGUCGCUUCAUCAGCAAGAAGAACAAAGCUGUCAUCUUCAUGAUCAACCUGGCCAUGGCCGACCUGGCGCACGUCCUCUCACUGCCACUGCGGAUUUACUAUUACAUCAACCGCACGUGGCCUUUUGGGAGAUUCCUCUGCUUGCUGUGCUUCUACCUGAAGUACCUCAACAUGUACGCCAGCAUCUGCUUCCUCACCUGCAUCAGCAUCCAGCGGUACUUCUUCCUAUACCAGCCCUUCAAGGCCAAGGACUGGAAGCGGCGCUACGACAUCGCUAUCAGCGCGGCCGUCUGGCUCUUCGUGGGCGCUGCGUGCUCCCCGUUCCCCAUCAUGCGCAGCUUCCGCCUGCAGAACAACUCCAAAACCUGCUUUGCAGACCUGGAGGUGAGGCAGAUCGAGAGCAAAGUGGCCACUGUGGCGAUGACGGCCACCGCAGAGCUCUUUGGCUUCAUUGGGCCCCUCAUCGUUAUUGUGUUCUGUACCUGGAAAACAAAGGUUUCCCUUCAGGGAUUCCAGAUACCACUGCAAAACAACAGCGAGGGGCGGAAAGCUUCGAGGAUGGUGUGCACCUGUGCCAUCGUGUUCUUUGUGUGCUUUGCACCGUAUCACAUCAAUUUCUUCUUCUACAUGAUGGUAAAAGAAAACGUUAUUACAGACUGCCUCCUGCGCAGGAUCACUCUGCACACCCAGCCCUUCUGCUUAACUCUGGCAAGUCUGGACUGCUGCCUGGAUCCGAUCCUCUAUUUCUUUAUGACCUCAGAGUUUCAGGACCAGAUCUCCAGACACAGCAGCAUGGCCAUCAGGAGUCGACUCAUGAGCAAAGAGAGCGCGUCAUCAUUUAAGGAAUGAGAUAAAGCCAGCAUGAGAGAGUUCAAAUAUUUAAUCUGAAAUCCAGGAUCAUUCUACUACCAACUCCAUUACAGAAGACCCCUCGAUUGUUCAGGGGAGUUUUGUAGCAAAUCUUUUGAUACACACAAAAUAAGACUUUACGAUCAACGUGUCGGAGUGACUCAGCAGUCAAUGACUGCACCUACUGAUGUGAUGCCCACUCCUGACCCAGCAGGACUGGAAAAUCCCCAAAGCUUUGAUGGGAAAUGGUGGAAACAUCCUAGUAGCUUUUCUUCCCAUUUUUCCAACUCCAAGGGCACUUUGUUCAAGCCAGAGAUGAUUAUUCAUCCAUACGCUGGCAUCUGCUGAAAUGCUUUCUCUGCACACAUGCAGAAAUGGCCAGGAGUAACUGUUUUGCUGUCCAUGCUCAGGGACACAGAUGUGUGAGCUCACUGCUGCCUGCCCCAGCUCUCAGGGCAUCACACUUACCACUGCUUCGUUCCUUUCUGCUCUUUUCAUCAACUCCUUCUCACCCAGCUCCAUGCAUGCUCCUUACCUGUGGAUGCAUCCUGUGCCUUACCCUGCUUACACAGCCAGUGCUGUGAUGUUGCUCACAUUCUGCACAGUGGGAUCUUUCCUCACUCCACAUCCCCUUCACACCCCAAGGAACAGCACUGCCAGCAGUGGAGACCCAGCUUCAGCGCUGCUGGGUUGGGAGACCCCAGUGGCACCAUGCAGGUCCUCAUCCCGAUAUGUUCAUGGCUCCUUCAGCCAAGUGCUGGAACCACACCAUCAGGUCCUUCUUUAGGGGUUCAGGGGCAGAUCCACUAGAGAAGAAAGGUGUCUUUCCCUUGCAGGUUUCCCUAAGAUGUGACAGCUCCUAAGCCAAAUUCUGCUAGCGUGUGUAACAGUGGUUUCCCCAUGAUAACAGAGGACUCUUUCUGAAUAAAAGCACUGAUUUAGGCCCUCUGAAACCCAUGUCUUUCCAAAACAAAUGCAUUCAGUGGCACCAUCUCACAUGUUGCUACAAAGCAGAUAAAAUACUAGAAACACUUGCUGGGUAUAUUUUAACCACAUGAUUCCUCUCAUUUAUUUUCACUUAUUCAGCUUUUUUCUGCAUAUUACAGUUUUUUACUUGUCUGUUUUACAACAAAGUGGGGGCAAUUCAACAGCCAGGUUUGGAAAACCAUUACACUGGAGCUCUUCUCAAAGGCAGUGACUAGCUGCUGAUUGAACCCGAUUAGCUGCCGUAGUUUUCCUCUUGUUGGUGAGAGGAUGAGUAUUAUGAACUUAAUCUUACAAGCAGUUAAGUGAGGAUGCCAAAAGCUGCUCAUCCAAAUGGGGUAGCGUUCACGUGGUGUUACUGCAGCUUAUGUAGCUUGGUAGUGUGAAGUGGGAGCUGUUUGCUGUGUUUACAGUUCUCUAUUUAUCAGGUGAGAACAAAUCAAAGGCACUGUUAUGGCAAGUGUGUAGCUCAUCCUACACUGUUCUUUCCAAAAACGGAUGCUUCAGAAAUAAAUGUAUUUUUGCAAACAUAA